CCCAGUCGCUGCCUCUCGGUCCAGCGACGAUAAGCCGCCCUCCCGUUGUUCCUAUUUCCCGAGUCGACUCACCCCGGCCCCUCCCUCACUCACUCCCCCAAAAUUACAAGCUUAUUAAAAUAAUUUUAUUUUGUCCGAUUCAUUAUUUUUUUGAUUAAACAUUGCCUGUCUUCCGUUAAUCUUUUCCGCAGUGGUCUGUUUUUUAUUAAGAAAAAUUUAUUUGUUCUCUUUAUAUUCGUUUUCCGUUGAAUUUUAGUAUCUUUCUUUUUUAUGGUCUCCGCGUUACGUGACUCACUGAGUUCCGACUUCGAGUCCGGUCCGGCCCGAGCCGACCGAUGAGUCUUAUCUCCCCCUUGCCCCACCGACCCCAGGGCCAGAUCCGCCUCCCAUGUCCUCCUCCUCCGCCGCUCGCGCCCUCCGCCUUCCGCCACCGUGCCCCCACCUCGAGGCCUAUCGCGCUGGCGGCGGCGGGACCUCCCUCCGCUCCCUCCACCGCUGCCUCCGCCCCCGCCCUCCCGGUCGCGCUGAGGUCCGCCGCGACCCUGGCGAGGUCCCCCGCUGCGCCUCCUGCCCCCACGCCGCCGCCCACCGUGGCCCACGCCUUUACGCCUGCCUCGCCUGCGCCGCCGUCUCUUGCGACGCCCACGCCCGCGACCACGCCGCCCUCCUCCCCGGCCACGAGAUCGCCCUCGACGUCGACCGCGCCGAGCUCUUCUGCGCCGCCUGCCGCGAUCAGGUCUACGACCCCGAUUUCGACGCCGCCGUCGUGAUCGCCCUCACCUCCUUAUCGUCCUCCCGGCUUCCACCACCGCCGCCGGCGGCGGAAAAGUGGGCAAAGCGGAGGAGGGUGGAGUACCGACCGUGGGCGCCGGAUCUGAAGGAGCGGGCGGUGAUCGGGCGGAGAUCGAGCCCUUUGCUCGUACAAGAAGGCAAUGGCUCCUCAGCCUCCUCCACCACCACCACCGCCAACUCCACUACCACCACCACCUCCUCGCCCUCCUCCUCCGCCUCCUCACCCUCCUCACUGCCGAGGGGACUGAAGGGAAUCAAUAAUCUCGGCAACACUUGCUUCAUGAACUCGGUGCUCCAGGCGCUGCUCCAUACGCCGCUGCUGAGGAACUACUUCUUGAGCGAUCGGCACAGCGGCUACGUUUGCCAACAGAAGAGCACGAAGAAGGGUGGGAUUAAAGAGAAAAGCAAUGUGGUUGAGCGGAGGAAUCUGGCCCGAGAAUCGCAUGUGUGCCUAGCGUGUGAUCUUGAUGCAAUGUACUCAGCCGUUUUCUCUGGUGAUAGGAAGUCUUUCAGCCCCGCCAAUUUUCUUUAUAGUUGGUGGCAACAUGCAUCAAAUCUUGCUAGUUAUGAACAGCAGGAUGCACAUGAAUUUUUCAUUUCGAUUCUUGAUGGGAUCCAUGAAAAGGAGCAAGAUCAAUGCAAACAUCAGAGCCAUGUAGGCAAUGGGGACUGUUGCAUUGCUCAUAAAGUGUUCUCUGGUAUCUUGAGAUCUGAUGUCACUUGUACUGUCUGUGGGUUCACAUCUACCACUUAUGACCCUUGUGUGGACAUCUCCCUGGACUUGGAUUCUAGCCGGGAUCCUGUUAAGAUGGCUACUUCUAAACUUCAAAUGUGCGAGAGUGACACAGGAUUGACAAGCCAAAGCUAUGGAAUUUCUACCCUCUUGGGAUGUUUGGAGCACUUUACAAGGCCAGAAAAAUUAGGAGCUGAUCAGAAAUUCUUCUGUGAAAACUGUCAAGCGAGGCAAGAAUCCUUGAAACAGAUGUCCAUUAGAAAGAUUCCAUUGGUCACUUGCUUUCACAUUAAGAGAUUUGAACACUCUUUAAUUAGAAAUAUGUCAAGAAAGGUUGACCGCUAUUUGCACUUCCCGUUUUCUCUUGACAUGGGCCCAUACCUUUCAUCUUCCAUCUUGAGGACUAGAUAUGGCAACCGCAUAUUUGCUUUUGAUGGGGAUGAUUCAUAUGCAUCUACCGAGCUGGCUUCAGAGUUUGAAUUAUUUGCAGUGCUAACGCACAGUGGUAAAUUAGAAGGCGGCCACUACGUAACUUAUCUGCGGCUCAAUAAUCAGUGGUAUAAAUGUGAUGAUGCAUGGGUCACUCAUGUCAGUGAAAGUAUUGUGAGAGCUUCACAGGCAUAUAUGCUGUUUUAUGUACAAAAAAUCCUCUACUACAGGGCAAGCCAGAAUGUGGUUGCCUCUUGAAUCAUCUUUUUGGAACGGUGGUCAUAAAAAUACUCCUGCUGGAAUGAGAGAGUGCCAAGGAUUUGAAUCUUGAAGUCCUAGUUUGCCUAUGGAGAUACUUGACCAGUUUAUACAAGUGAAAUAGACACAUUUAGUUAUUUGUUUAAUCUGACUUCUUUUUUUAACCAAUGAGUCGUCAAUCAUUAGUACAGCGAGACAAAUGUGAUAGAUCUUAUAUUUUUGGAGUAUAUUCUAACUGCCUUUCAAGAUUAAAGGAAGCCUAAAUUUUUGAGGUGUUCCUUCCAA